CUUUUUCCUCAGCCACCAAACGGCUGCUCAGCCCUCAGCCUUCAAGCCCCCUCUCAAUCUCCACAGCCAUCUGCUCUGUGCCUCCCCCACUCUGAUUCUGAUAUAGCACAGCAUGCCUGUGCAAUUAUUGGUUCUAACGGAUAUGAGUAGCAGUCGUGCCUGUCAGUGAGUCCUGCUUCUCAUCAGCAAUUCGAAAGGACCAAUUUUAUGUUAUUGUCUAAUGGUGAAGAGUGGGAAUUUUACAUACCGUAUUCCAUUUUUCAUACAUAAAUCAUCUGCUAACUUGGCAUUGGUUCCUAGCUUGUAAUUGCUAUUGGAAACUGAAAAAUGGCAUUAUCGCUGCCUGUCUCAUCCCAGAAAGAUAAGCACACCAUUUUCCUGAACUCCAACUUCCUCCCUUUAAACCCUCAGUGGAUACCCUAUACCAUUAAUAGAAAUGAUAGCAAAAACAGAAAACCUAAAAACCUCUCUAUCUCAGUUUCUUGCUCAUCUUUGAAAAUUGUUCGUAGUCCAUCACUAGACAAGAACAUUGUGAAGCAAAACAAACUUCGUUUCAUUCAAAAGCUCAAAACAUUACUUCUUUCUAAACCAAAACACUACAUGCCAAUUCACAUUCUUUCCAAAUGUCGUUCAUACCUAUCCCUCUCAAAGCCUCGGUCUCUGCUCUCAAUGAUCUAUCGUUAUCCUUCCAUUUUUGAACUCUUCAGGAUCCCAACACCACCGACGCCAUUCAAUGCAACAAAAUCAUGCACACAGCUUUGUGUCCGUCUAACCCCAGCUGCAGCAUCCCUUGCUGCUCAAGAAUGCAAUCUUAAAUCGGCCAUGUCCGUCACCUUGGCCACCAAACUCCAGAAACUUCUCAUGCUCUCCUCUCACCGCCGGCUCCUCUUAACAAAGCUGGUUCACCUUGCCCCGGAUCUUGGCCUCCCCCCUAAUUUUAGAUCACGCCUAUGCAAUGACCACCCGGAUAAAUUCAAGACUGUUGACACUUCUUAUGGCCGAGCCCUAGAGCUUGUCUCAUGGGACCCCCACUUGGCCAAUCCUUUGCCUUCUCCUGAAGUUCAGUCACUUGGGUUGAUAGUGGACAGGCCCUUAAAAUUCAAGCAUUUGAGACUCCGAAAGGGGUUGAAUUUAAAGAGACGUCAUCGGGAUUUUUUGAUCAAGCUCCAAGAAUUGCCAGAUGUGUGCCCUUACAAAACUUCAGUAGGGGAGUUCCCAAAGGAGUCCAUUGAAGCAGAGAAGAGGGCUUGUGGUGUGGUAAGGGAAGUGUUGGGGAUGAUGGUGGAGAAGAGGACUCUGGUAGACCACUUGACACAUUUCCGGAAGGAUUUCGGGCUGCCCAACAAGUUGAGGGGAAUGCUGGUGAGACAUCCAGAGCUGUUCUAUGUAAGUCUAAAGGGAGAAAGGGACUCCGUGUUCUUGGUGGAGGGCUAUAAUGAUAAGGGAACCCUUCUAGAGAAGGAUGAAACCUCAGUGAUAAAAGAGCAGUUGAUGGGGUUGGUCAGGGAAGGGAAGAAGAUGAGGCGAGAGAGAAGAAACCAAAGCAUCAACAAUGAGGUUGGUGGCUAUGAUGAUACCAUUGAUGAUCAUAUUGAUGACGACACCAAGGAUGGUUUUGACAGUCUGUUGGAUUUUGAAGAUAUUGACGGUGAUUAUGAAGAUUUUGGCAGUGAUAAUGAGGAGGAGGAUGAUGAAUAUGAUCUCAGCAGGGUGGGUGUAAACUUUUGGACUGCAGAUGCUCAUGUUGUUAAUGAUGAGGAAAAGGGACCUUCUGAACCUUGGUGAUGAUGCCGUGCAUGAACAAUGUAAAUAUCUUCCCAAAAGAAUUAGGCCCUUUUUGUAUACCUUUCUUGAAGCACUUUUCUGUUAUUUAGAAUACAAAACAGUUGAAAAUA